CAACCCACGAGCCGCAUCGCGAAGUGACAUAUGCAUCGGCGCUUGUACCUGCGUGUCAGAGCCAUCGGAAUCAAAUAACAUCACCAUGUCGUCGCUGCUUCCUUUUCAUCUCCACUCCAUCUCCACUGCUUCUUUCCCAUUCAAUUGCAAGUACCCAACGUGAUCACACCACAUUCCAUCUGCUCUUUCCUCACAUUCAUCUAAGAAGCAACAGCCCCUGCUACCUUUGUUACGAAAAGCCCACCCAGCCAGAAUGUCUUUCUUCCUCCGUACAUCAACCCGCUUCACAGCACCAACAAUUGCACGCUUCACCACACCCAUCUCGCAGCGAGCCUUCAGCACAACACUCAAGAUGUCCGUCACCAUCGACUCCAACCUCCUCUCCCAGAUCACCGCCGCGGAGAAGACUUUAACCGACAAGGACGGUCCCAUCCCCAACGGCCCCACCGCUCGCGCACAGAAGCAUGUCGGCCAGCAGCUCACCGCGCAAGUCAUCCACGAUAUCACCGACGCCGAGAAGGAGAUCACCGGCUUCGAGCGUCCCACCAAGGGCGGCCCAACAGCCGUCGCCCAAAGUAUCUUGACGAAGGAGGGCGGCGCUGGCACGAACACUUCCAGCAACAACAAUGAUGCACCGAUCACGUCGAACACAAACUCCAAUCAAACAUCGAGCAAUGGUCCUGGUGGCUCCGAACAGCACACUGGCACUCUUGACAGCGCGACACUGCACAAGAUCACUGAGGCCGAGAAGGAUAUCACGGGGCAGGAGCGACCUGUGAAGGGUGGGCCGACCGCGAAGGCGCAGCAGCAUGCCAAGGAGCCUAUUACCAGCGAGGUGCUGCAUGAUAUUACUGAAGGCGAGAAGAAGAUUACUGGUGGCGAGAGGGUCAAGGGUGGUCCUACGUCGCAGGCUCAGAGCGAGCUGGGAAAGAGCAGGAACUGAGGGCCUCUAGACAGGUUGCUUCCAUUGCCUUUGGACGCAUUGACGGGCCAUCGCAACGACGCGACUGUGUUAUACUCUGAAGCAUGGGUCAGUCUGUACGAUAGGGGGUACUGUAUAUGGUACGACAGCCUGGGGGAUACGAUAAUGUAUGAACCAUCCUGUACAAUAAAACUGUAGUGUAUUGCCUAAUGAACAACUGCAUGGCAUUUGA